AUGGAAGACGAGAGCUUGACCUAUUCAGAGAGACCCGCCAAGCGGGUUCGUCAGGCUUGUGAGCCAUGCAGGCGUAAAAAGGCUAAAUGCCCCGGAGAGCAGCCGGUCUGUUCUCUGUGUGCCAGGCUACGGCAACAAUGUCUGUACGCCGAUGAAAGGCGUCGGGCACUUCCAGAGUUGAGUCCAAGGCUCAAUGAUUCAGACUCUCGAACUCUGGUGAAACCUCUUGUCCCGUCUGUGACGUUGCCAAUGCCAAGCUCACCUAUUACGCUACCACCGUGGGAGGAGAUUAUUCCCAUUGCGGAGCUUUAUUUGCUAUACUGUGACUCUCAGCCUUUGCCUCUUUUCUGCAGGGAUAGCUUUCUCUCCAGCCUACAAUCACGCGAGGCGGAGCUUCUUUUUGCUAUAUUGGCGCUCGCCUUUCGCUUCUCAUACGCCCACCACACUAGGGCCGAUUCCACUAGCCUGAUAAAUGGCUAUGCUGAGGUUGCUCGGGGCCUCGUUAUGAAAAGAGUUUCAGAAGGGCCAGUGGAGCUUUCGACCCUUCAAUGUCUCUGUAUUUUGAGCUUGGUUGACUUCACAAACGGCAGUACACAUCGGUCCAGCAUCCACAGCAGCCUGGCAAUGAACCUUGCACAAUGUGCCAAUCUCGGACAAGAGCCCCGUUCAUCAACCAGCACUAUAGUCCGCGAAGAACGUAGACGCUGCUUCUGGAGUAUAUGUCUUCUCAAACGCCUACACGGCGGCGACUUCCCAAUCCUGGACAUACCCCAAGCCGGAGGCCCUCCAUAUCCCCGAAGCCCAGCGCGACCAGCACGCUUCCUCUCUCCCGGGCCGUCAACCGUCGAAAUACGACGAAGUGACAUGCAAGAUGAAGGAAUCAUUGCUUAUGUGGUAGUGCUGAGCGAAGUGUUCGCAAGGACAGCACGAUACGUGCGCCUUCACGGACGCCCAAGCAACGUCCCACCAUGGUCUCCGCAUUCCGAAUACUCGAAGAUUCUCGCUUUACAAAUGGACCUGGAGACUCGCAUGCCGUACAUUCAUCGGUUCAAGCCAGCCAACCUUGGUGAACGUUCUCCCGAGGAAUUACAGACACAUCGUGAAUACUGGGGCCCGUGGUUUCUGAAUCAAUUCAUGUAUCAUACCAGUUUGUGUCUACUCAAUCAUCCACUGCUUCUCUCGCUCAGUCUUCGGAAUUUCCGCAGUACUAUCCCGGAGAUCUUUUUACAGCACACCUCGGACUUGAUCUCCUCCCACACAACCUGGAUUAUUCACUUCAUCAACUGCUUUGAAGAGAAGUCAUUUCUAGUAUCAGAUCCGUUACUAGGCUACAGUGCCGCCGUUGUCGCUACAAUCGAGCUGCAACUCAGCUUCACAGAUGAUUUGACCAUCAGAGAGCAUAAACGUGAAAGAUUCGCCAAGUGUGUCAAGUUCGUGCAAACCAUAGGAGAAAGGUGGCCGCACAUGGCUCGACUGGCACAUAGAUUACAGAGACUAGAAGACGCAGUCUCGGCAACCUACCAAUCAGACCCAGGCGCGCAAAACCAAAGCCUCCUAAUCGACCUAUCCCGAUUCUGGGAAAUCCUCGAAUACUCAUCCAACAGCGACACAGACUCUGCUCGGCGUCUAUUCGGGGAGUCGAUAUAUGCCGGUUCGCCUUCUGCGGGCGCAGAAGUAUCUCAGACAUCUCCUUUGCCUCUGCCGUUCCGAUUGAGUGUCCAGGAACAAGAUACACCAAAUCUUCGAUCUCAAUCGGUCAGUGCCAAUACCGCCUUUCCUAGCCAGGAGUACCCAGCAGACUCUUUGCUCUCACCGCAGCAUUUGACGAUGUCUAAUGAUGAGUUCUCUAUUCUUGCUGCCAAUUUCUUUUCUCAGGGGCAAGAGUUCCUCCGCAGUGGUGAUAACUGGGAAAGUGUUGGGAAUUUCUAA